GCGCGAGAGCGAGAGCGCGCUUCCAUCGGCUGGGUCACUCCCCAGAUGUCCCCAGCGGGGGCUGGGCCAGGCCGAAGCCGGGAACCUGGACCCCGUGCGGGUCUGCACACGGGGGCGGGGCCGGGAACCUGGGCGCCCUCGCUGCCCUCCCGGCACGGGCGGGGAGCUGGAUCGGAGGUGGCGCAGCGGGGCUGGGACCGGGCCCCCAGGUACCCCGGGGACACCCGCGGCUUGAGCCCGGGUCACGUGUGUCCCUCUGGGACUUCGUGGGAGACGCUUAGACUGUGCAGGUGUUCUCGCGUCACCGCGGAGUCCUUGCUCCCAGCCCUGCGCCCCUGCCUCGCUUUCCUGCGGGCUCAUUGACCAUCCGGCUGUGUGCCUACGGCGCUCACCCUGAGCCCGUGCGAGCCCGCGCGUGUGCUGUGCAGGCCUGCUGCCCGCUGGCCCAGCGAGGCCUGUCCGCCGUGUUCCGGUGGGAGGCACUGCGAGAGCCUCCGACCUCGGCCUGGUUUCUGUUUAUCUUCCGGUGUGCAGCCAGGGAUUUCCCAGAGGCGCUCUAGUGGUUGUUAUGGUGGCCUCGCUGGUCUCCGUCUGGUUUGGUUUUGGCACACGGAGCAUCUGUGUGGGUCCAAAAGUGGCCGAGUCUGAGCGCGAAGCUCCGUGACCAUGGCUUCUCCUGCAUUUGAUUCCCCACGUUCUAACCUUUUGGCAGGGGUGGGGGAUGUCGUUUCAGAGAAAAUAACCCCUCCCCGUGGCGCCAGCGCGCACCUCCGCUGCCGCCUCCUGCCCCAGGUUUAGAGACCGUGUGGCCACUCUGACAGCAAAGGGAGGGAAAGGAGGCUUGGGCUCCAGGCCAGUAACUUGUCUCCUGGACCCACGUCCGCGCAGCCAGUGUUGAGCUCCAGAGCGCAGGGGUCACUGUGCCCUCCCGCACAGGGGGCGCGCCCCUGCACCGCCCGCAGGUCCCACAGGCCGAGGGUUUGCUGCAGCUGCGGGGCAGACGGGAGGCAGCACGCCCUGCCCGGAGCGGCUGGGCCGGUCACAGCGCUGGGGCGCAUCUUACUGGUGGCUGAGCGGCAGGCCAGUGCGGCAGAGCUGCAGUGCCCCAGAGGAAGAGCUGGGCUGGCGGUGCCGCGGGGAAGCCGCCCGGGCUGCCUGCGUCCCACACCCGAGUGGGGUGCAGUCCUGUCCCCCACACCCAAGUGGGGGUGGAGUCCUGUCCCCCAACCCGAGUGGGGGUGGAGUCCUGCCUGCCACACCCGAGUGGGGGUGCAGUCCUGUCCCCCACACCCGAGUAGGGGUGGAGUCCUGCCUCCCACACCCGAGUGGGGGUGGAGUCCGGUCCCCCACGCCCGAGUGGGGUGCAGUCCUGUCCCCCACACCCGAGUGGGGGUGGAGUCCGGUCCCCCACACCCGAUGGGGGUGGAGUCCUGUCCCCCAACCCGAGUGGGGGUGGGGUCCUGCCUUCGUUUCCGUCCAGCCUCUUGCUGACGUGCUUCCUGGAGGCAGCCAGUGAUGGUUCAAGUCCUCGGGUUCCGGGUUCCUGCCUCCCUUGUGGGAAACCUGGGUAGGGUUUUUGGCUCCCGGCUUCUGCUGUCUCAGCCCUGGCUGGUGCAGCCAUCUGGAGAGUGAACCAGUGCACGGAAGCUCUUUCUCUUUCCCUGUCACUCUGCUUUUCAGCUAAGUAAAAGUAGGCUUUAUAAAAAUGAAAGAAAAAGAGAGGUGGUGGUUCUGGUGUCUGCCCGCCAUCGUGCCCAGGUGGUAUGUUCAUAAGUGCCUGGGGACUGACUUUUUUUCCUCUUUUAAGAUUUAUUUAUUUGAGAGGUAGAGUUACAGAGAGAGAGAAAGGUCUUCCAUCCGCUGGUUCACUCCCCAGAUGGCUCCGAAGCCAGGAGCUUCUUCUGCGUCUACCCUCAUGGGUGCAGGGGCCCAAGCACUUGGGCCAUCUCCCACUGCUUCCCCAGGCCAUAGCAGGGAGCCGCACGGGAAGAGGAGCAGCCGGGACUUGAACUGGUGUCUGUAUGGGAUGUUGGCACUGCAGGUGGAGGCUUAGCCCACUGCGCUGCAGCGCCGGCCCUGGGGCUGACUUUGACCUUUCUAGGUUAGCCUUCUGCCGUUCGUCUGAAUUUUAAAAUCUGCUGCUGGUUUUCCCAGUUAGCUGCUGGCCAGUGUUUACCCUCAAACAUUGCUCCGUGCUGGUCAGCUGAACAUGAGUGUGGCUGACUCCCGCGUGCCCCGGAAGGUUGUCCCGAGACUCGGCAGGGCCCCACGUGGCUUGCUCUCCCCUCUCUGCCCAGCUCGUGGGUUUGUGGCCGGGGGUCCUGCAGCAACGCCCAGGCUGCUCCUCUCCCAGGUACCGCCUUUUCAGACGGCCUGGGACGUCCCUGGUCCUGAGCCCUCUCUGAAGUGUGGCGUCCACUGCGAAGAGGGGCUUGGCCAUUAGCAGGGCUGACGUCCUUGGCCCUGCCAGGACCUGUGCAGACGUCAGAGUCCUCUCCUGACCGGAAGCACGGACUUCCAGGCCUCUCGCUCCACACGCAGGAAGCCCCGCAGGGCCCGCCCGCCCCGUCCCACCCCAGCUGCCGCCAUGGUGCAGCUGUGCUCGGGGUCGGCCAUGAACGAGCUGCUGUCGCGCAAGGAGGAGGAGUGGAGGGCGCUGCAGGCCCAGCGUGCCCGGCUGCAGGAGGCGGCCGUGCAGGAGGCGCAGGGCCGGCUGCGGCGCCUGCAGGAGGACUUCCUCUACAACCUGCAGGUGCUGGAGGAGCGGGACAGUGAGCUGGAGCGCUAUGACGCUGCCUUUGCCCAGGCCCGAGGCCGCGAGGAGGCCCGGCAGGCCGAGCUGAGCGAGCUCAAGAUAGAGGUGGCCAAGCUGAGGCAGGCGCUCACCGUGGAGGCCCGGCAGCGCGAGGAGCUGCAGCGGCAGCACCAGCUGAUGCAACAGGAGCACCGCCUGGAGCUGGAGCGUGUGCACAGUGACAAGAAUGGGGAGAUAGAGCAUCACCGGGAACAGUACGACACUCUGAAGUGGAAGCUGGAGAAGAAGCUGGAGGGACUCGAUGGUGAACUUGCUCUGCAGAGACAGGAGCUGCGGCUGGAGUUUGAAGCCGAGAUGCGGAAGCGGGAGCAGGCGUUGCGUCAGCAGGCCGAUGACAUGGGCCACGUGGUCUUGUCCCACGAGCGCAAGGUUAAACUGCUGAGCAAAGAGCUUGAGGCCAUGACAGAGGCCGGAGCGAGGGCUGCAGAGUGCUUACAGAGGGCAGAGUCGGCCAGCGCGGCCUUGGAGAGGGAGCUGCAGGCCCGCACCUGGGAGCUCCGGGACCUGGAGGCCGUGAAGGACGCCCGGAUAAAGGACUUAGAGGACGAGCUUCACGCUGUGCAGCUCACCAGGAAGAAAGAAGAGGAGGUGUUUAAGAGGAAGCGUGAGGAGCUCGACCGGCUGGCCAGGGAGAGGGACGCGGUGCUGGGAGCGGUGAAGGGCGCCCACGGGGAGCAGCUGCGUGGCCUGGAGGCCAGGAUGCGGGAGCUGCAGGCCCACUGCGAGAACCUGGAGGUGCAGCUGCGCAGGGCCGAGUGGGCGCAGGCGGACGCCGCGCGGGAGAGGGACGCCGCGAUCGACAGGCUGCGCGAGGACUCCGCGGCUCUCAAGUCUGCCUGGGACGCCCAGGUUGCCCAGCUGUCCAAGGACGUGGUCUCCAAAGACCUGCAGGUGCAGGCGCUGCGGGAGGAGGACCUGAGACUGAAGGCCCAGCUGGCGAAGGCCCAGCAGGACACUGAGAGGUACAAGCAGCAGCUGUCCCUGGCGGUGGCGAGGGAGCAGAGCCUGGAGCGUGACCAGGUGCAGCUGGGCCUGGACUGGCAGCGCCGCUGUGAGGCCGUCGAGCGGGACCAGAUCCAGAGAUCGGAGGCUUUGAUCGAGGGCCUGACCACGGCAAGAGCUCAGGCGGCCGCCAAGCUCCAGGAGACAGAGCGGGUGCUGCGCGAGCGGGAGGCGGUGCUGCGAGCUGUGGUCCUGGAGCGGGACCAGGCCCUGGAGGCGCUGAGGACACACGGGCUCCCUCCGGGACAGGAGGCACAGGUGCUUUCCAGGCCGCUUGAAGAAGGAGUGAGCGGAGGCCUCGUGUCCAGUGAGAUCCAGCGGCUGCAGGAGCAGAAUGCGAGCUUGCGCAACGCCGUCGCCCAGAUGCGGGCGGAGAUGGAAGCCCUGGGCCACCAGGUUCUCCCCUCGGCGCAGCUGGGAGCCACCUCAGAGACCGAGCAGCCCGAUCCCGAGGCAGGAGAGGCAGCCACUCCCGGUUACGUUCUGGCCCUUGAAGCGGAAGUUCAAGACCUGAAGCACAGACUUCAGACCCUGGAAGGACAGCUGGAGGGUGUGCUGGAGCCCUCGAAGGUGCCCGCGUCUGACAGCGACACUCAGCCCCUCGUCCACACCCCGGCGGAGGCCCCCGGUGCGUCCCAGGAGCGCCGACGAGGCUGUGUCCACGCCGGCCCCGGGUGCGCUGGGCUGGCCCUCAGGAAGCUCGGAGACCGAGCACGUCUCUUGAAUGUGCUGGUGACGCGGCUGAGACGGAAGGUGCUGCCGAAAUCCCUGAAGCUGGACACCGUCCAGGGUGAGCUUCCCCGAGAAGUGGACCAGGUGCACCUGGAGGUCCUGGAGCUGCGGAAGCAGGUGGCCGAGCUGGGGAGGUUCCUGGGGACAGCCCAGCAGGAAGCAGUGGGACCUUCAGGUGGGAAGCAGCCAUGCACCUGCAGCCCCGGGGCCUUCCGGAGAGAG